CGGGCGGUUGGGGGAGGGGGUGACGAGCCCCGGCUCAGCACCUCGGAGAGCUCCCUCCCAGGCCUCGUUUGCUCCCGAAUCGUUGCCGCUGCCCGGGGAGGGAGCGAAGGGGCUGGGGACCCGGCGCCGAGGCCGAGGGAUGGCAGUGAAGAGGUCGAAGGGCCCCGGCGGGCAGAGGGUCCAGCCGUGAUCCUGCGAGGGGGCCGGGGCGUCGGGCGGGGUGGGGGGCAGCUGGUGGCGGCAGCAGUGGCCGCACAUCUGGAUGGAAGCGAGCUUUGUCCAGACCACCAUGGCUCUGGGGCUGCCCUCCAAGAAAGCAUCUUCCCGCAACGUGAUCGUGGAGCGCAGGAACCUGAUCACCGUGUGCAGGUUCUCUGUAAAAACCCUGCUGGAGAAGUACACAGCAGAGCCUAUUGAUGACUCAUCUGAAGAGUUUGUUAAUUUCGCAGCCAUUUUGGAGCAGAUCCUCAGCCACCGUUUUAAAGCAGGUCCAGUGAGCUGGUUCAGCUCAGAUGGGCAGCGGGGCUUCUGGGACUAUAUCCGGCUGGCCUGCAGCAAAGUGCCCAACAACUGUGUGAGCAGCAUUGAGAACAUGGAGAACAUCAGCACAGCCCGAGCCAAGGGCCGGGCAUGGAUCCGGGUGGCACUGAUGGAGAAGCGUAUGUCAGAGUACAUCACCACAGCUCUUCGGGACAACAGGACUACCAGGCGGUUCUAUGACUCUGGAGCCAUCAUGCUGCGGGAGGAAGCUACUGUCCUCACGGGGAUGCUGAUCGGACUGAGCGCCAUUGACUUCAGCUUCUGUCUAAAGGGCGAAGUUCUGGACGGGAAGACCCCCGUGGUCAUCGAUUACACACCCUACCUAAAGUUCACCCAGAGCUACGACUAUCUGACUGACGAGGAGGAGCGGCACAGUGCGGAGAGUAGCACGAGCGAGGACAACUCGCCAGAGCAUCCCUACCUGCCUCUCGUCACCGACGAGGACAGCUGGUACAGCAAGUGGCACAAGAUGGAGCAAAAGUUCCGCAUCGUCUAUGCGCAGAAGGGCUACUUGGAGGAGCUGGUGCGUCUGCGCGAAUCGCAGCUGAAGGACCUGGAGGCGGAGAACCGGCGGCUGCAGCUGCAGCUGGAGGAGGCGGCGGCGCAGAAUCAGCGCGAGAAGCGGGAGCUGGAAGGCGUGAUCCUGGAGCUGCAGGAGCAGCUGACAGGUCUGAUCCCUGGUGACCAUGCCCCCCUGGCCCAGGGUUCCAAGGAGCUCACCACACCCCUGGUCAAUCAGUGGCCCUCCCUGGGCACACUCAACGGGGCCGAGGGUGCCAGCAACUCCAAACUGUACCGGAGACACAGCUUCAUGAGUACGGAGCCACUGUCAGCAGAGGCCAGUCUGAGCUCUGACUCCCAGCGCCUGGGAGAGGGCAAACGGGAUGAGGAGCCCUGGGGCCCCAUCGGAAGCUCAGAACCAAAUUAGUGGCUCCCUCCGAGUGAAUGCCCAGGACUUCAACGCAUGCAUUUUAUGUUGACCUCAUCCCUGGCUCCAUCUUGGUUUCUCCCUUCCCAGUUUUCCCCAUGCCUGGACCUCCCAUCCUUUUUAUAACCACACUGUAUUGGAUUAACUCUUGAUCUUUGAGACAAGGCAGGCUGUGGACAUGUAACCCACCACACUGUUUGUGACUGUGUGUCUGUCUCCCCCACCAGACUGUGAGCUCCGAGAGGGCAGGGAACCACGUCUUGUCCAUUCUCUGUAUCCCCAGAGCUUGAAAGGGAGCAAAUGCUCACUGUGUGUUAAAUAAAUGGACAGAGAGAGGCUAAACCUCAGGGGGAGACAGAGACAUAAACUGAUGAUUAUGAUACAGUGUUCCAAGCCCCAUGCAAGGGGGUGCCCAAUCAAGAUUUAAUUUAAAAUGGCAAGUACUCCAGAAAAGGCCAAGUGUCCUGGGGAUGUCUUUACUGCCCACCCACAAACACCUCCCAACACACGCAUGCAACCUGGUUGGCAUGGCCUCACCCGCCCUCUCUCCCCAGGGAAGGACCCCACGCCCUCCAUGCUGGGCCUCUGCGGCUCUCUGGCCUCCAUCCCCAGCUGCAAGUCCCUGGCGAGCUUCAAAUCCAACGAAUGCCUGGUGAGCGACAGCCCCGAGGGCAGCCCAGCACUUAGCCCCAGCUGAGGAGUGGUGUGGGCAGCGCCAGCCCCACCCGCCAGGGGCCAUGGACACCUGCCACCUUUGAGUCCCCCAAGUCAGGCACCCUUCAAGAAUGCUGCCCACCUAGCCAUGGGUCUCUGGGGGAAGACAACCCUUGCCACUUUCCUGCUUUAGCCUCCUGCCCGAGGAGGCAGGAGUUGUGACAUGGUGGGGCCAGAAGGCAGGGGCACCAAAGCCACAGAUAGCCACCCUCGGGAAGCUAAUGACCUUGAAGCCUGCCUGGACUCCUCUGGACUUUCCUUUGCUCAUCUCCCACACCUGCCUCAGGAGCAAAUGGUCUAGCCCUGGCAAUCCCGCUGCCCUGCCCCUCUGGUCUGUCCUCAUGUACCCUCUGAAGUCACCCUUCCUUGGCUCCUGUGUGGGGGAAUCAGGAGGGAGAUGAGAAAAAUAAAAACCAGGACUGAGA